AUGGACGCCCCCGUCAAUCCUUUGGAGCCGAGUGAGCCACUGAAGCAAACCCACAGCGGCGAAGAAUCGACAUCGAAUCCGCAAAAGGAAAUCCUCCCCGGCGAUUCUGCUACUACCAAGGCUGAGAAGGUGGAAAGACAUGGACAGUCUGGGGCAAAUGGGGACGAAGAGUUCGAGGAGUCGCCUAGGAAGCGAGUCAAGCUCGAUGAUUCUGAGUCUACCACGGAGCAGCCUGAUAGACAGAAAGGCGUGGCAGCGAUCAAGAAAGAAUACCUGAUCGAUGUGUCGGCGCUGAAGAAUCAGAAUACAGUGCAGUAUGACGAUGACGCUGCCGAAGGCUCCGGUAAAUCUCAGCCAGAGCCAGCAGGUGGAAGAGGCGGCAAGAAGACCAAAGGCGGACAGAAUCGCAGCCGACAAUUUGGAAGCUCUCGAGAUGCUAUUCAAUUGUGCAGAUCGCGGGUUCUGGCCAACGAAUUCUCCGCGGUAACAUGCUCCUUCGGCGAGAAGUGUAAGCAUGAACAUGACAUUCGGAGAUAUCUCAAAGAGGGUAAGAGAGAGGAUUUGCAGACUUUCAACGGCAAGUGUCCUAUCUGGGAGGUCAAGGGCAAAUGUAAUGCCGGAUGGAAGUGCAGGUUCGCUGGGAGUCACUCAAAAGAGAUCACACACGAAGAUGGGAGGAGAGAGUUCGUCUUGGACCAACCAAGUGAGAGUGACGCCCCAAGUUCGAACGACGGAGAUGAGGGAGAGGGUGCUGGUGGGAUUGUAAACAUUGUCAGCAAUGGGGACAAGAUCACCCUGCGGAAGAAGAAAUGGCCCACGCCAAAGUCUGACGAAUAUCUGGAUUGGCUGAACAAGCACAUGGCUGGAGACGACUGGAAGAAGCCACAAGCAAACGGGAACGCGGAGACUGCUAAUGGAGACGCAGCGAAUCAUGACAAUCGCGCCAGCUACAUUGAACAACCACCUAAGCCCUCUGAGAAGCGACGGAUCUACUAUGGACCGGAGACGCCUGUCCUUGCACCACUCACAACGCAAGGCAACCUGCCUUUUCGACGCUUGUGCGUUGAACUAGGAUGCCAGGUCACCUGGUCAGAGAUGGCAAUGGGCCUUCCACUGCUGAGCGGAGAAAAGCAAGAAUGGGCAUUAAUGAAAGCUCAUGAGUCUGAGCUAACGUCGCCCGCAUACUCACCUAAGAACAUCGUCCACGAUUACGACAACAGCAAGGACAUUCGCUUCGGAGCUCAGAUUGCUGGCAACAAGCCAUGGCUUGCUGUGAAAACCACAGAAUGCCUGACUAAUCUGCUGCCCAAUCUCCGUGCCAUCGACUUGAACUGUGGAUGCCCUAUCGACCUUGUCUUCCGUCAAGGAGCUGGGUCGGCGCUGCUGGACGCGCCAGGUAAAUUGGAGAAGAUCUUACGUGGCAUGAACACUGUCUCUGGUGAGGUACCUAUCACUGUCAAGAUCCGAAUGGGAACCAAGGACAAGUCUCCCAACGCCGAUCGACUCUGCCAACGUCUGAUCAACGGCACGUGGGAAGCUCAAGAAGCUGGCUUGGGACCUGCGGGCGUUGCAGCCAUCACGCUACACGGCCGUUCUCGCCAGCAGCGCUAUACUCGCAGCGCAGAUUGGGAAUACAUCGCCGAAUGCGCGAGUCUAGUCAACAAGCUGAAGGCUGAGCGUGCCUCGGUGACAGACACAAUCCGCGAGCCCGAGGCUCGCGAUCUCCCCGCCACCAACGACGGCCUGCCCUACUUUUGCGGUAACGGCGAUGUCCUAUCGCAUGUGGACUACAACACCCACAUGGAACACGCAGGCGUCGACAGCUGCAUGAUCGGCCGCGGAGCGCUUGUGAAACCAUGGAUCUUCGAGGAGAUCUCAUCGAACCAAUACCUCGACAAGUCUGCCUCGGAACGCCUGGGUUACAUUGAGCGUUUCUGUCGCAAUGGUCUGGAGUACUGGGGAUCCGACGACGUCGGAGUGGGCACGACGCGUCGCUUCCUGCUAGAGUGGCUGAGCUUCAGCUGUCGAUACGUGCCCAUUGGGCUGUUGGAGUACCUGCCGCCGAAAUUCGGCGAUCGCCCACCGGCGUAUCGCGGCCGCAACGAGCUGGAGACGCUGUUGAGCAGUGGGAAUUACAAGGACUGGAUGAAGAUUAGGUACGUGAGGUUGAUGAAGCAGCCACCACGUUAUGGUUGUUGUCUUUUUUUUUUUUGAAAGUGAAUUGGCUGACUCGGUCUCCCAUGCAGUGAAAUGUUCCUCGGACGAGCACACAAGGAUUUUCGCUUCGAGCCGAAACACAAGUCCAACAGCUAUGAGAUCGAGGCGGAGGGCUGA